CAUAAACAAAAUUUGAAAAGUAAGACAUGGUGAGCACAUAGUUUCUAAAAGUUAUAACCACCUCUUCUUUCUCUCUAUAAAAAGGCACCAAUGUUUAGAACAUAAACAUCAAAAACCAAAACCUCAAAAACCAAAACCUCAAAAAACCAAAACCUCAAAAACCAUACCCUAGAAUCAUUUUUCAAUGGCUUCAUUUCCUUUGGUAACAACUCUUUUAAUUUUAUUUCCCUUUCUUUUCUCAACUCUUGUUUAUGGUUACUCACUAAGUUCCAUAAAAUCAUGGUGUAACCAAACCCCUUAUCCUCAAACAUGUGAGUAUUACUUAACCAACAAUGCUUACAACCAAACAAUUAAGAGUAAAUCCGACUUUUUCAAGGUUUCGCUUCAACUCGCGAUCCAGCGAGCACGAAAGGGCGAAGAAAAUACUCAUUCUCUCGGCUCGAAGUGCCGUAACGCACAAGAAAAAGCCGCUUGGGCUGAUUGUCUUGAACUCUAUGAUUUCACGGUCCAAAAGCUUACUCAAACAACCCACCCUAAUUGCAAACAAACCGAUUCUCAAACAUGGCUUAGCACGGCUUUGACGAAUCUCGAAACAUGCAAAAAUGGAUUUUAUGACCUAGGUGUCACAAACUAUGUCUUACCUUUGAUGUCAAACAAUGUAACAAAGUUGUUAAGUAACACCUUGUCUCUCAACAAGGUUCCUUACCAAAAACCUAGUUACAAAGACGGAUUUCCAACAUGGGUUAAACCCGGCGAUCGGAAGCUUCUUCAAACAUCCUCGGCCGCCUCGAAGGCGAAUGUCGUCGUCGCUAAAGACGGUUCCGGUAAAUACACAACCGUGAAGGCGGCGACCGAUGCUGCGCCGAGUGGUAGUGGAAGGUAUGUGAUAUAUGUGAAGGCUGGUGUCUACAAUGAACAAGUUGAGAUCAAAGCAAAGAAUGUCAUGUUGGUGGGAGAUGGUAUUGGAAAGACUAUAAUCACAGGUAGCAAAAGUGUUGGAGGUGGCUCCACUACCUUCCGUUCAGCAACCGUUGCUGUGGUUGGUGAUGGAUUUAUUGGUCAAGACAUCACAUUUAGAAACACUGCUGGAGGAGCAAACCAUCAAGCUGUUGCAUUCCGUUCUGGCUCAGAUCUUUCAGUAUUUUACAGAUGCAGUUUCGAAGGUUAUCAAGACACACUAUAUGUUCAUUCGGAAAGACAAUUUUAUAGAGAAUGCAACAUCUACGGCACCGUCGAUUUCAUCUUCGGCAACGCCGCGGUAGUGUUGCAAAGUUGCAACAUUAUCGCGAGAAACCCUCCUCAAAAAACAAUCACUGUUACGGCUCAAGGCCGAACCGAUCCAAACCAAAACACCGGAAUAAUAAUUCACAACUCUAAGGUCACGGCCGCGUCGGACCUAAACCCUAGCUCGGUUAAGUCGUACCUCGGCCGGCCGUGGCAAAAAUAUUCAAGAACCGUUUUCAUCAAAACUUCUAUCGAUGGUUUUAUUAACCCUGCUGGUUGGUUGGAAUGGAGUGGUAACUUUGCUUUGGAUACUUUGUAUUAUGCUGAAUAUGGUAAUACAGGUGCAGGCUCUUCAACUUCUAAUAGGGUUUCAUGGAAAGGUUACCAUGUUCUUACCAGUGCUUCUCAAGCCACACCAUUCACCGUCGGAAAUUUCAUUGCCGGUAAUUCUUGGUUACCGGGCACCGGCGUGCCUUUCACCGCCGGACUCUAAGUGUUUGCAUGGAAUCAUAGCGAGUUCAUCAGAAUCUUUGAUUCUGUUAAACUCGCUGUGUAUAUGUAUAUGCAUACAAUCAUAAUUUUUCAUUUGAAUUUAUUGGCUUUUCUUUUGUAAUAUUAAAUAAGAAUAAUUUAGCAUGGCCAAUAAAUUUAUUUUAUUGUAUUGUUUAUUUUAAAGAAUUAUUGGUCUUUGUUUAAUUGUAUUUGAGUAAAGAAAUGAAUGAAGAUGAAAGUUUCAUUGAA